CUUCACGUCGCGCGUCAGGCGGAUGCUCCCCGCGUUUCCUCCGCAUUUCACCGCUUUUCCGACCAUUUCCCUGAACCCGGACCAACCCGGACCGACCCGGACCCGCGCCGUUUGGACUCCGUGUCCUGCGUGACUCGAGUUUCCUCCGCAGAUCCUGAUCCUGAAGCGAGAGAACGAAGAGGAGGAGGAGGAGGAGGAGGAGGACGAGGUGUAAACCGUCUGCUGAGGCACAGACGUGUGACUUAAACGUGUUGAUGAAACCGUGAGGGACAAACUCAGGAUCUGAACAAAAACAUAUUUUACAACAAACGCUUUAAACCGACCGGAACAGAACGUAACCGACCGUAACCGACCGUAAUCGACCGUAACCGACCGUAACCGACCGUACGCCCAAGGAUCGAAAAUCAGACGAAUCCAGACAAAAACUAGAACAGAAAAAAACAAGAGCCUCAUUUUCCACACUUUCGUCGUCCGUCGCCGUCGUCUUUAACUCGCUCCUGCUCCAUGUGAAGAUGAAGCCCCUCCCCCGUCGCAGGCCCCGCCCCCUCCAGCCCGCGGCGUGCGACCGGCUGCCGCGGCGCCCGUGAUGGACGCCGUCGCCCGCUUCUCAGACAUGGGGCUGUUCCAGGACGGCGCCUGCCCUCCCCCCUCCGCGCCGUCGCCCGUCAGAGCCGCGCCGACUCCGCCUCCUUCCUCUUUAGUAGCCCCGCCCCCUGCUCCUCCUCCGGCCCCGCCUCCUCCUCCUCCGCCGCCGCCGCCGCUGCUGCCGGGCCCGGGCGAGCGCUCCACUGGACUCCUGCGGCACAAGAGCGUCCGGAAACUGUUCUGGAAAACCAUCCCGGAGCAUCAGGUCAAGGCUCGUCCGAACGUGUGGACUCAGGGCCCGGCGGAGCAGCACCAGAUCGACGCCCACACCAUCGAGGAGCUGUUCGGUCACAGCAACUGUCAGUCAAACCCCAAGACCCCGCCCACGAGAGGAGGGAGGGGCCGGACGUCCUUCAGAGACGCCAGAGACGAGGUGUGUCUCCUCGAUGGAAAACGAGGCCUGAACAUUGGGAUUUUCCUCAAACAGUUCAAAAGGUCGAACGAGUCGAUCGUGGAGGACGUCCGCAGAGGAAACGGUGAAAUGUACGGCGCAGAACCUCUGAGGGAACUGCUCAAACUCCUGCCAGAGUCUGAGGAGGUGAAGAAGCUGAAGUCGUUCAGAGGAGACGUCACUAAACUCCCAUUGGCCGAUUCGUUUGUUUACCUGUUGGUCCAGGUGCCCAGUUAUGUGCUGCGUAUCGAGUCGAUGCUUCUGAAGGAGGAGUUUCCAUCUGAGUCUGAGUCCAUGAAACACGACAUCAGGAUCCUGCGCUCGGGCGUCAGAGAGUUGUUGGUUUGUGAGGAGCUUCACGCUGUUCUUCAUCUGGUGCUGCAGGCGGGAAACCUCUUAAACGCCGGAGGAUUUUCUGGAAACGCCGCUGGAUUCAAACUCUCGUCUUUACCGACUUUGGCCGAAACUAAAUCCAACAAACCUGGAAUGAACCUGCUGCACUUUGUCGCCCUGGAGGCUCAGAAGAAAGACGAGAAGCUGCUGGAUUUUCCUCUGAAGCUGCGACACGUUCAGGCUGCGUCCAGGAUUUCUCUGGAGGCUUUGGACUCGGAGCUCCAGAGUUUGGUGAAUCGGACUCGCUCCGUCGAGGAGAACGCUCAGAGAGACACAGACCUGCUCCAGCAGCUCCACGACUUCCUCCAGAGCGCCUCGUCCACUCUGGUUUCUCUUCGUGCUUCUCGGCUGAAGCUCGGGUCCGAGUCUGAGGAGCUUCUGGACUUUUUCUGUGAGGACAAAGAAACGUUCAAACUGGACGACUGCUUCAGCAUCUUCAGCUCCUUCUGCCUCAGGUUCACCGCCGCGGUCAAGGAAAACGCCGAGCGACAGAGGAAAGAAGCGGCUCGGAGACGCAGACUUCAGCAGCUGGAGGAACAGAAGCGGCACUCGUGGGCGGCCGGAGAACAGUUCGUUGGCGCGUUCGGUCUCCGCAGCAGCAGCGAACUGGACGUGACCUCGGCGCUGUCCCGCCACGACGAGGCCGGGCUGCUGUUGGAGCUGCUGAUGCCCAAACCGCGCUCGCCUCUUCUACGGCGAUCCGGCAGCUUCCGACGGACGAGAAACCCGACGGAGGAGGGCGACGUCAGGGCGUCUGGAGUCCAGCGCGCGGAGAGAAAAGACAGUUCGACGAGUCUCCGCGUCGCCAACGAACAAACGCCGCAGACUGCUUUAAACGUGACGACGGGAAACCUCAGGAUCGACGCGAAACAGGCGAACGCCGACACAGCUACCUCUGAUCUCAACAACAACGGAAAUGAACAACGCAACGACCAAGAAAGCAGCAAAGACGAACUUGAAACGAAAUCAACAUCCAGCGCUUCGAGCAUGUCCGUAACUGUUGAAAAACUCACGCUGGUCCCUGAACUGAGAGCGUUCGACAGAGUAAACGCGCCGACGAGAAGCAAGACGCAAAACGACGCAACGGUUUCGGAUUUGGACGAAGAAAAUCUGGAGAAACCGCCUGAAAAAGUCGAAUUUGUCGUUAAAAGUAAAGACAAUGUUGGCGAUACGGUGAUAGUUUGGUGCGUCACCGGCGUCUGCGAAGUGGAAAGUGACGAUCCAAACUUCGCGGAAACAGUUUCGUCCGAUGAGGCGUCUUCGAACCAGCAGGUAGCAAAAAACGCAGUGCCUAUAAGCAGCCAGCCGAUGCCUUCGACACGAUUGGGCGAUGUCACUACAGUUGCCUUAAAAGACGGAAAAGAAAAAGUUGAGGUUGGACGCGGAGAGGAAGCGGAAUUGAAAAAUCGGGAGAGAGCGGAUGAAAGUAAAGCAACCAACAGAAAACAAGAAAGGGAAUGUGUGAAGGAGGAAGUAGUUUGUCAAGAAAGUACGAAAACGGAGCGAGUUUCAGAAGACGAUCAAAAUACGAAGCAAGAAAAUGAGGUUAUGAGUAAACGAAAAGGUGACGAAAGUUUGGAAGACGUUAAAAGUUCUAAAAGUAGCCAAAACAAUGCAAAAGUUUCGCCUCAUGCCAAGACGAAUCAAGUCGCGAAAAAGUCUCCCAGCCCGAAAACGUCGCCGGGAAGUAAAGCGAUCCGAACUUUGACCGCGACGGAAACCCACAGCAUGCGCCGCGUUGUGCCCAUUUCUCGGCCGAACUCCGCCAAAGCUCCGGACAGACUUCCGGGAUCCCAAAGGGGGGUUUCGUCCGUGUCCGUCCCCGGCAGGAGCGCUUCUUCGCGGCGAGGAGAGCGACCGUCCACCGCCCCCUCGUCCAGGAGGUCCAGUCUGAACAAAGCGGACCAGGACCUCGAUCUGACCAAGAAAACCUCCACGAAAAAGACGCAAGAAACGAAAAAAUUACCGCAAGAAGAAAAGAUCUGUAGGUCUACGUUAAGAUCGAUGAACCAGAGAGAGGAGAGAGGGGUUCUGAGCGCUCCAGUGACGCCCAACCACAAAGCGACGCCGGGAUUCGCCAGAAACACGGCGUCGAGUUCGUUCAGAAGGACAAAUACGAGCUUCGCGAAGAAUUCGGCGAACAGCAACGCAGCUUCGACACAAAACUCCGCUCAUUUGACACCCAAGAUUUCACCCAAAAUGUCUCCUAAAUUGUCUCAAAAAUCGCCCAGUUUGACGCAAAGACAAAAUGAUGCGAAUUCGUUGUCUAAAAUUUCGAAAAUCUCGUCUCCGAAAUCGCCGUCUUCCACAAAUUCGACAGAGAGCGAAGCGAAAAUGAAUCCUAAAGUCUUGUCGCAGAAAAUGUCGCCGUCGUCCGAUGUUACGCCGCAAAAAUCUGCCGUGAGUUCUUCGGAUAAUUCAAAUUCUAAAAUCACGUUGUCGUCAAAAGAUCGGCAAGAUUCAGAAACAUUUAAAAGCAAAAAAUUAGUGGCGGAAAUUUCUAAAACGUCUCUUGAUCCGCCUUCAGAUUUCGCAAACAACAACGCAAACGUAGAUACCUCAAAAUCUAAAGAAACGGACGGAAAUGUGUCAAAAUUGCAGGUUGAUUUGUUUAAAAACGUGAUACAGAAAUCCAAGGUUUCAGAGAAUUCAAAUCAGGAGUCUUCAGAAACGUUUUCUGGAAAUGAAUCGCUGAAUUUGAUGAACAAUAAUUUGGAUCAAGCCACAUCUCCGCAAACGUCCCCAAAAAUAGUGACUCAGAAUUCGCGAAAUCACAACGAUGGAGUUAAAACAUCAAAUUUGUCAAACUUGGAACAUUUAAACAAACAAAAAAAUCCUACAAACGCUCAAAACUCAAACUUAAGUUCUUCAGGAAAAUGUCAAAAUUCUCCAGGUAAAAUUUUGUCUCCUAAAGCCGCUCCUCGCUCGUCGUCGAUCAGUUUUCCGUCCAGACAAUCGCCGAAUCAGAAUUCAAAUUUAUCUCCAAAAUCUCCAGAAUUUACAAAAUCUCAGUCGUCUUCGCCCAAAAGUCCAGAUUUAGGUUUGAAAAACGUGAAAGCGCCGCCGCGUUCGCCUCAGCUCGCCGCUCCCCCUGGCGGCCGCAGGAGGAACGACAGCGGGAAUUUCUCUGACAAAACUCCCCCGUCGGCAAAAGACUCGUCCCGACCGACCUGGAGAUAACGAAAAAUGUGAAUAGUUUUUCGUAGAGAUGCACCGAUCUGGCCCCGGUAUCGGAUAUCGGCUUCCAAAUAUCGGUUCGGUCGAUAUCCGGGUUCGACAGAUGAAUUCACGUCAUAAAACUCCGAACGAUUUAACUUUUAUUUACUCAAAUUUGUUCUGUAGUGACGUAAAGAUGCGCUGCGUAGUUUUUAUCGUAGGUUUCGCCGCUCACCUUCUUGUCACCGUGGAGAUAUUAUCGCUUAAAGAAAGUUCCGGAAUAUGGCAUUAGACGUGUCUAUCCAGCGGUCGUUUAUUGUUUUCGGUGCUCGAAAAUGCCUCGAAAACGUCGCCUCUCCACGGGUCCGACCUGUAACUCUGGCCUGGUUGUGCCACCCGCUGGUUUUCGUGGAAACAGAUAAAGUUAAUGCCGCAUUCUGGAACUUUCUUGGCCAAGAAAUGACAUCAGGUGGUGGAUCCUUUACCAGUUAAAGUAAAUAACAGCUCGUAAAACACUCGUUUAAAGGAAAUAAACUCUCAUUUGUUUUUUGAAAUAAUAAAACCAAAAAUAAGAAAAUGAAAAAACAAUUUUCUUCAAAAAUUAAAUAAAUUAAUACAUUGAAAAUGAUUUGGUUUUUUUUUCAGUUUUCGAUUUUGUGUUAAAACAAAAAGAAAGAAGGAUAAUCACCGUUUCCCGUUUGUGAUUUAAAUUGCGAUGCCGGAUUUUGCACCACAUACACUAAAAACUACGAUUAAACCGGGACUAAAUUGGGACUAAAACAGGACUAAACCAUUUUUAGUUCUGGUCUGGUCCCGAACUCAGUCCUGGUCUGGUCCCGGUCUAAGUCCUGGUCUAAGUCUUGGUCUCGAUCACGGUCUGGUUCUGGUCUGGUCCCAGAACUGUUCUAGUUCUGGUUUAGUCCGUAUGUGGUGCAAAAGUCCAGUUUAAUCACAGUUUAAGUCACGUAAACGGGAAACGGUCGUUAUCCGUUUUUUCCAUUUUUCAUUUAAACACAAAAUCGAAAAACUGAAAAAAACAAAUCUUUAACUGUUUUUUCAUUUUGGUUUUGGAGACAAUGAAGAAAAUUAUUGUUUUUUCAUUUUCUUAUUUUUGGUUUUACAUUAAAAAACAAAUGAACGAACGACACACGGAUUUAUCUCAAAUCGAUUCGAUACAUUUCAAUAAAAAUCACGUCUAAAUCCUGGGUGUGACACUAAAAGUCUUUGUUAAAUCACUUCUUCUUGUGCAAAGUUCAAAUGAAACACAAAUAUUUAAAUCGUCAAAACAGUGAAAAUGUCAAAUGUGUCACAUAAACGAGUUUCUUCCUCUGAACAAAAAACAAAACUGGAGCUGAACAAAAUCAUUUAGUAAAAUAAACCAAAAAAUAUAUUGAUACAGCAGAACACGAUAUCGAUAUUGAGUCAGCACAGUAAACGAUAUAUAACGAUAUAUCGAUAUUUUAAUAUUUUGGCACAGCCCUGUAUCGGCAGAUCCUGGAGUCCUGAGUAUCGUAUCGAACUACAAAAAGCUGGAUCGGUGCAUCUCUAGUUUUUAGAAAGUAUUUUUCAAAAAGGUACAAAUUUGGUAAUUUUUCCUCCUUUAAUCCUGUCUCCUUUUUCGUUAAAACAUGAACGUAUCAAAAAAUCAGAAUUUUAAUUAAAAACAAAAGAAAAUAGAAUCACUGAAGUUUCACUCGUGUUUUUUACUGAGCUGCAGAUUUCAACUGUUUUCAAAUCUGUUCCCAACCUGAAAAAAAUCCUUCAAACUUAAGUUCUUCUGGAAAAUUUCUCAAUUCUCGAACAAAAAUUUUCUCGCUCUUCAUUUCCAUUUUCCGUCCAGACAUUCGCCAAAUCGAAAUUCUAAUUCAUCUCCAAACGUGGAAGUUAAAGAUUCGCUGUGAAACUUUCCCGGUGGAGGGUCUGUCACCUGCUUCUUUUCACUGUCUGUCAUGUUUUUGUUUUGCUCGAAAUGUUCCGCGAUACGGCGUUAAACGUUUCUAUCUCCACGGAGACGAGCGAGCGACGGUGCGGAGACGCUGUACAGGUCAGAUCUGUGGAGAGACGAUACGAACGCAGAGAUUUUAAAGGUUUUUCUGAGCAGUGAAAACACCUGAAGUUGAAGAAAAGUGAGAAGUUGAUGUUUUUUUUUUUUCGCUGUGGGACGUUUCAGCGACGCCGUCCAGAAAAGUUCCACAGUGUCUCUUUAAAAACAGCAGCAGUUUAAAGGUUUGAUAUGAUGUAAAACUGACUCCCGUGAGGUUCAGGUGUUGUUCAGGUGAGGUUCAGGUGAGGUUCAGGUGAGGUUCAGGUGAGGUUCAGGUGAGGUUCUGAUGUUCCUGGUCACACACACAGAGCUGGACGGUGGUGACGUGGGGAUUUUUUGGCGAUUUGUGACGCCAUCGAAGUGAUGAUGUCACAAAUCGCGCCCGCCUCCUCCCGCCCAAAAACCAAACUCAACUCAACCUGACGAAUCAAAAAAAAUAAUAAAUCACUUUCAGUACAAACAAAAAAUCUGUAAUAUUAGAUUUUUUUUUUAAACCAGGACUAAACCAGGACUGAACCAGGACUGAACCAGGACUAAACCAGGACUAAACCAGGACCAAAACUGGACUAAAACAGGACUGAACCAGGACUAAACCAGGACUAAAACCAGGACUAAACCAGGACUAAACCGUGAAUGCAUCAGGACUAAACUAAAGACUAAAGCAGGACUAAAACUGGACCGAAUCAGGUCUAAACUAGGUCUGAACCAGGACGAAACUACGACUAAACCAGGACUAAACCAGGUCUAAACCAAGACUAAACCAGGUCUAAACCAGGACUAAUUUUGGACUGGAGAGAGAACCCCGAGUCCAUGGAGCAGGGUGUCCACAAAGCACAAUUGUAAGACCUGGUUUAGUUCUGGUUUAGUCCUGGUUUAGUCCUGGUUUAGUCCUGGUUUAGUCCUGGUUUAGUCCUGGUUUUAGUCCUGGUUUAGUCCUGGUUUAGUCCUGGUUUAGUCCUGGUUUAGACCUGGUUUAGGCCUGGUUUAGACCUGGUUUAGUCCUGGUUUAGGCCUGGUUUAGGCCUGGUCCAGUCCUGCAGAUAUGAACCUGUGCAGUUUGUUUGCUCUGUUCCACCUCGUGAUGUCAUCAGGUGGUGGUUUUCAAGUGAACAGCUCUUUUUAGUUUGCUGUAAAUGGUCAGUUUCAUAUGAAAGAUAAAUUUGUUCCAUUACAUUUUGAAUUUUAAAAACCGCUUGGAAUUUUUUAACAUGUUUGAAUUAUUUUUCUAAAUAUUUUCACUUUAACAAACACUUCGAAAAAAAGUUCACGUAAAAUUUCAGCAGCUUAAAUUCAGAAUAAAAAUAAUUUAAAAAACACAACUCCAGGUCUUUUUGUGACGAGGAAACGACGUCAGAACAUCAGAAAAUUGAGUAAUUUGGGCCAUUUACUGUAGAAUUUUGUAACUUCACUGAAAUAAUUUGAUAUUUUGAUUUUGAAAUUGCACUUUUUAAAAAUAAAUGAUGGUAAAAGAAUCACUAUUUUAGCUCUGAUUUUCUCCGGACGUGUUCGGACAGACACGGGCGUUUGGAAAAGUCGGAACACCAGGUCACUGCUGACGGACGCUAAAGCCGCACUGUGGGACUUUUCUUUUUCGUUUCCAUGGAGAUGUGUCUUAGUUUUGUCGGGGAUGUUCCGCAGUCGAGCUUUUUACGCAGGACUUUAUUCCCGUGUGGUGUUUUAGCGUUGGAACGAAUCUCUUGGAAAAACGUGCUUUCGUGAAUCGCUUCUCCGCAGAUCUGACCCGUGACCUGCCUCCUCCUCACCAUGGAGACCGACCGUUUUAAUGCCAUAUUGCGGGUUUUACUUAGUGUAGCUUUAAAGAGUCUGAAUGAUUCUGUUUUCCGGAUGUUCUGGUGCAGUUUCCUCCUCACAAACAGAUCUGGAGUUUUUUGUUUUUUUGUUUUUUCCCAUUCACGUUUAUCUCACAAACCUGCACUUUUAGAAAUUAAGUACAGAAAAUAAUUUGUUGUGUUAGAUUUACAAUUUUAAAUACCACUUUGAAUUUUUUUACUCUGAAAAAACAUGUUUGAAUUAUUUUUAUUCUGAAUUCCAGUUGCUGAAAGUUUGUGUUUCAGAUUCAAAAUUAAAACGUUCACCUUUUAAAUAUUUAGCACAAAUAUUUUCAAGCCUCAAAAUUUGCAGUGAAAAAAAAAAUUGCAGCAGAGAUCCACACACACGCGUUUUUAUUUUGAAUUUGAAAAAUACUGAAUAAUGACACUUAAAAUUUCAUCAAAAUUCAGAAUAAAAAAUUAUUCAAAUAUCUUUGAAUUUUUCAACUCUGAAAAAACAGGUUUAAAAAUGUACACACAGAAUUUCAGCAACUAAAAUUUUGAAUAAAAAUAAUCUAAAGUGUUUAAAAUUCAAUAUAAAAAAUGUCAAAGUGCAAAGAUCCACACAUACAUUUUUAUUUUGAAUUUGAAAAAUAUUGAAAAAUUACUCUUAAAGUUUCUGCAAAUCAAACUCAGAAUAAAAAUAAAAAUAAGAGAUUUUUAAAAAAAGACAUUUGAAGAGUAAAAAAAAUGCAGAUGUUUAAAAUUCAAAAUCUGACCAAAUGAACAAACGAUCUUCCAUAGUUUAGCAUCAUAGUUUAACACACUCUUCACUUCCACCUUGUGAUGUCAUCAUGUGGUGAUACAGGAAGUGCUCCACUGUGUUUUUAAACUCCACACUUCACCUUCACUAGAAUCAACUGGAUCAUUUUUUCAAACCUGGAAUUUCUUCACGGAUCUCGACUGAACUAAAAGUAAAAGGAUCUGAAAAAAACAACCAACCCCUUCAUGACAUCACGAGGUGGAACUCCAGGUCUGUGUUUGACGAGGGAACAUUAGAACACAACACGGGUCAUUUUUAUUUAUUUUUUUGUUCUGGGACGUUUCGUUGUUUCUCGUGACAUUUCAAUGACUUUUUUUUGUUUAGUUUUUCUUCCAAACCCCAGGACGAGCCUUGAAUCGUGUGUGUGUGAUUUUUGUAAUAAAUGUAAAAAUAUAAAUUAAAUGUACAAAUAAAGUUUUAUGAAAGUUUUGGUCAGAUGUUUGGUGUUCAGACGUAAAUAAAAAUGUUCUAAAUGUAUUUAUAUCACUCGUGAACGAAUAAAGACGCACAAAAGUCAAACUGAA